AUGGCAGAUCAGAUAGAAGGGGAACACUCUCAGUGGCAGAUGCAUGCGGUUAAGCUCCAAGGAUUCUUAUCAGGUCGUUGCUCUAUACCCGAACCUGCAUGUCCAUCCGAGGAGAGGGGCGGACACCCCGUCGUCGCGAACGGCCUCGGCAUCAACGAGGAAGACAAUGGACUUGCUGUACAAACGUACCGACUUCCGCGACAGAAUGGUCAUCACUGCGCGAGACCGCAAGCCUGGCCAUCUCGCAGAUCAUCACGGCCGCCAAACUCCGAGUACGCCUUCUACCACACCUUCACUCUGGACGGCACGUACCAGCUCAAGGUCAAGCUCACCGGCAUGCUCAAUACCUACUGCCUGCACCCGUCUGAACAAGCCACCCCCCUCAGCGCGGAAGUCGCCAAGGGCAUCGACGCCCAGAACCACCAGCGCAUCUUCUCUCUGCACGUCAACCCCGAGAUCGAUGGGCCCAACAACACCGUCAUGCAGAGCGACGCGACGCCGUCCCCAUUGGAGACGACCCCGUCGGAUCCCCCGCCAACCCCUACGGCAACGGCUUCUACGCCCGCAAGAGACGCCUCCGCACCGCCCUUCAGGGCGCCGCCAACUACUGCCAUGAGACCAGGCGCAGAUGGGACAUCAUUAACCCGACCCGCCUGA